AUGAAAAGAUGUCACGCAGAAGUCACUGUAGAAGAUCUUCCCCAUGAGAAGCACGGCGCCCUCCACGUUAAGCAGGAGUCUGUGAUGCUGUACAUCAAACAAGAGGCGGCGCCAGAGAAACUCAGCAUUAAAGAAGAAGAACAGGAAGAUGAAAUCCCCAAGUUUCCAAUGAGUGUCAGUUUGAAGAGUGAAAAAGAUGAAGGUCCGAGUGACGCUGCGAAACCAUCGAGCGACUGCUCAUUUCAACACCUGACGACAAAAGGAGAGGGACAAUCGCAAUCGGACGGCGUCUUAGCCCCGCUUUCGGACAGCGGUGACGUAACGUCGUACUCUUCUGACUUCAACACUGAUGAGGAGGAUGGUCCCACGGACGUUACUGUAGAAGAUCUUCACCCUGAGAAGCAUGAUCCCCUCCAUGUUAAACAGGAAGAUGAGUCCGAGAUGCCGUACAUCAAAAAGGAGGCAGAGCAAGAGACCCCCGACAUUAAAGAAAAAGAACAUCAAGUUGAAAUCCCCAAGUUUCCAAUGCUUGUCACCAUGAAGAGUGAAGAAGACGAAGGAACAAGCGAAGAGAGCGGAGCAGCGAACCCGGACGGCCUCUUAGCUCCGCUUUCGGACAGCGACGACAUAACGUCACACUCUUCUGACACUGAUGAGGAUUGUCCCACGGACGUUACUGUAGAAGAUCUUCACCCUGAGAAGUACGAUCCCCUCCACGUUAAAAAGGAAGAUGAGUCCGAGAUGCCGUACAUCAAACAGGAGGCAGAGCCAGAGACCACCGACAUUAAAGAAGAAGAACAGCAAGUUGAAAUCCCCAAGUUUCCAAGGGGUGUCACUGUGAAGAGUGAAGAAGACGAAGGAACAAGCGAAGAGAGCAGAGCAGCGAACCCGGACGCACUCUUGGCGCCGCUUUCGGACAGCGACAACAUAACGUCACACUCUUCUGACACUGAUGAGAAGGAUGGGGAGAAGCCUUUUGGCUGCACACUUUGUGAUAAAAGGUUUUCUCGGAAGAAUACUUUAGUAGUACAUAAGCGCACACACACUGGAGAAAAGCCUUUCGCCUGCACACUUUGUGAUAAAAGUUUUUCUCGGAAGUCUGAUUUAAAAAUGCAUAAGCGUACACACACUGGAGAAAAGCCUUUCGGCUGCACACUUUGUGAUAAAAGAUUUUCUCAGCAGUAUAAUUUAGAAAGACAUAAGAGUAUACACACAGGAGAAAAGCCUUUCGCCUGCACACUUUGCGAUAAAAGUUUUUCUCGGAAGUCUGAUGUAAAAAUGCAUAAGCGUACACACACUGGAGAAAAGCCUUUCGGCUGCACACUUUGUGAUAAAAGAUUUUCUCAGCAGUGUAAUUUAAAAAAGCAUAAGUUUACACACACUGGAGAAAAACCUUUCGCCUGCACACUUUGUGGUAAAAGAUUUUCUCGGACGACUCAUUUAGAAAUACAUAAGAGUAUACACACAGGAGAAAAGCCUUUCGCCUGCACACUUUGCGAUAAAAGUUUUUCUCAGAAGUCUGAUUUAAAAAUGCAUAAGCGUACACACACUGGAGAAAAGCCUUUCGGCUGCACACUUUGUGAUAAAAGAUUUUCUAAGCAUUUUUCUCAGAAGUCUGAUUUAAAAAUGCAUAAGCGUACACACACUGGAGAAAAGCCUUUCGGCUGCACACUUUGUGGUAAGAGAUUUUCUCGGAAGACUCUUUUAGAAAUACAUAAGCUUAUACACACUGGAGAACAGCCUUUCACCUGCACACUUUGUGGUAAAAGAUUUUCUCACAAGUCUUCUUUCGAAAGACAUAAGCGUGGACACAUUGGAGAGAAGCCUUUCGCCUGCACACUUUGUUGCUCUAGUACGCCUGACGACCGGGUUUCUUCCUAUUCUAUCUACUGUCGCACCAACUAG